CUGAAAGUCCAGGUCGGUGUAGAUGGCGCCGCUCCGCUGAGAGGGCGGCGGGAAGGUUACCCUCCCUAGUCGCCCACUCCGCUCCGCCCCGGAGGAGCCAGUUCCUCCCCCGGCCCCGAGCCAUGCCCAUCGCGGCCGCCCUGGAGGAGCCAGGUAUAAAUUAAUCUUCUAAAAGCAGCCGAACAAUGGAACCAGAUAUCAUUCGAAUGUACUCUUCAUCUCCACCACCAUUAGACAAUGGAGCUGAUGAUGAUGAUGAAGAUGAAUUUGGAGAAUUUGGUGGGUUUUCUGAAGUGAGCCCAUCUGGUAUAGGAUUUGUUGAUUUUGAUGCCCCAGAGUUUACUAAUUCUAAGGAAGAAUUUAUACCUUCAAAUCAUUUUAUGCCUAUUCAUGGUUUCUCAGAAAAUGUAGAUAACUUUACAAGCUUUAAGCCCAUUAAAAAUGGUAAUGAUAAAGACAGCAUUGCUGAACUUCCUAGUCUCACGAAAGAACAAUCUGAUAUUUUACCUUCUACCACCAGCAAAGAAAUAAUUCAGUCCAGAACUUCAGAUGCUUUAAUUGACAGUAUAGGAAGUCCUGGAGAUUUUAAUGCAGUAGUAGGGCAGAAAGAGAAUGUUGGAACAUCUGAAAGUUUCUCUUCUGACAGCUUUAGAAUUGAUAUGAAAGUAGUUAGUCAUGACAAGCAAAUAGAUAGCUGUAAUGGUGAGAAACCUACAUGUAUAGAGAUUCUAACAAAUGGGUUUGCAGCACUGGACACUGUAAAUCCUCAGGGAAAGGAAGAUUUAGACAUUCUUGACUCAAAGAGAAUAAAGAAUCACAGCACUGAACUUCAUUUAGACUCUACAUCUAGCCCUGCUGAGGAAUUUGCAGAUUUUGCCACAUUUUCGAAAAAAGAAAAGAUACAACUGGAAGAAACAAGAUGUGAAGUUUUAAAUGUCAGAGAAGCACUAACUAUUCAGGAAAACAAUAAAAUAAACAGGAUCCAUGAAGAAAGUUCUGCAAAACAAGCUUCUCUGGAUAGAAGCCGUGAAAAUGAAGAAAAGACUCUUGGUCAAGAGAAUCAGGUUUGCAUUUCAGAAAUCAAUGUAGUAAGUAAUGAAAAAUAUGACCCUUCAACACUGGAACAAAUUGAAUCAAAUACAAGCGCACAAUCAGCCCUGAAUUCAGUACACACAACUGAUAACACAGAAAUAGUUAGUAGGAGAGAACAGUGUGAAACUGAUGAGAAACUUGAUUUCUUAAUGUUUAAACGUGCAGCCCUGUGUAUGGACAGUAUUAAAACUUCUGAAACCAAUGACAACAUUAGUUAUCAUCCCAAAGAAGAAACUGUUAAAUUUACAAACAUCCAAAGCACCAGCAUAAAUCUGACAGAAGAAAAUGUUUUGGAUAAUUCUACAGAUUUGAAAAAUGGGGAUAGUAGUAAUGAUUUUGUAUCUUGUAGCGAUACAAAUGAAGAUGACUUUGGUGACUUUGGCACAGUCAGCGGUGCAACUCCACCUUUUAUUAGUGGUACUCAAGAUUCAAUGAGUGACAUAACUUUUGAAGAAUCCUCAGAACAGUUUCUACAUUUUAGUGAACGUGAUGACUUUGGUGAUUUUGGGGAUACAGAUGCUGCUAUUUGCCAAGAGGAAAUAACAUGUUCUCAGUUAGAACUGAAACAGACUUCUGAUAUUGUACCUGAAGGAUAUGAAGUAACAAGAAAGUCUUCUGUGUCAGGAAUUGAAUCUCUUUCAGAGCUAAAGAAUGGUGGUUACAGUCAAUUUGAGAAUCUUGAUUUGGGGCCAAAAAUUCAAGAUGAGUGCAGUGUUUUUCAAGACCCUGAUGAUUUUGCCGAUUUUAGUUCAGCUGGUCCUAAUCAAGCUGCUGAUUGGAAUGCCUUUGAGGAUGAACAGAAAGAAAGUUGCUCUUGGGCAGCAUUUGGAGAUGAGCAGUCUGUGGCAUCGCCACUUAAAAAAGAGGCCUGCCAGUCACAUAGGACAGGUGAAAGUAUUGUUAGUCCAUUGACCCCAAAGACUCACACGAUCUCUCUGGCAACUUCACAAGGAGCAGCUGUUAGUGACCAUUCACAUGAAUCAGCAUCUUCAGUUCAGAUAGCAUUGCUAAACCGCCUUGAACGAAUAUUUGAAGCCUGUUUUCCUUCCUUACCUGUUCCUGAAACUAAAGAAGGAGUUACCUCCCUGGAACAUUUGCUAGAAGCAAGCAAUACGCAGAUCAGAACAAGAGAUUCUUUGGGUGAGAAGUGGGAACUACUGGAUGUGUGGACAGAACUACAGGAUAUCCAUGAUGCAUAUGGCCUGAGAUACCAGUGGGGUGGCUCCCAUAGCAACAAGAAACUUUUGUGCUCUUUGGGAAUCGACACACGUAAUAUUCUUUUUACAGGCAAUAAGAAGCAACCUGUUAUAGUGCCCAUGUAUGCAGCAGGACUGGGUAUGUUAGAACCCACAAAGGAACCAUUGAAACCACUGUCUGCUGCAGAGAAAAUAGCUUCAAUUGGUCAAACUCCCCUCAUAUCACCGGAGAUGAGUGCAUGUACGUCUGAUCAAUUACAGGAAUCUCUACCACCUGUCCAGUUUGACUGGAGUAGCAGUGGCCUUACUAACCCUUUAGAUGUGUGUGUCUUACCCCUUUUUACACAUAACCCCUCCUCCCUUGGCUUACCUUCUGUAUGGCUGCCUACCACCACGGUCACUGAAUUCCAAGCUAGUGGAGGUUCCACUCUCCUGAACCUUGAUUUCUUUGGGCCCGUGGAUGACAGUAGCUCUAGCAGCACCACCACCAUCCCAGGUGUGGAUCCAGAGUUGUAUGAGUUAACAACUUCAAAAUUGGAAACCACCAACUCAAGCAUAAAAGUGACUGAUGCGUUUGCAAGACUCAUGUCUACAGUAGAGAAGACAAGCACAUCUACCAGGAAGCCUAAAAGAGAAGAGCGGCUGAGUGAAGAGGCCGCCAAGGUGAUUGCUAGCCUUCCCGACCUAACUUUUAUGCACGCCAAGGUGUUGAUGUUCCCAGCUACACUGACACCUUCCACAAGCUGUCACGAGAAGGCGGACUGAUAAGUGAUGUGAAUUGGACAGUUUCUAUUGAUUUCUUUCCUUCCUUCCUUUCCCUUCCCACCACCAAAAGCAUACUUGCUUUAAUUUAAAAAAAAAAUAAAAACAAAAAACAAAUUUCAAGUUCAGCUGAUUUGUUGGUAAGCAGCACUAGAAAGAUAUACAUAGUAAUGUAUAUUUAUUUACAUACUGAAGUCCUAAAUUUAUAUUAGAAAAUGUAAAUAAUUGGGGGUGAACAUUUUUGAAGAUUUAUUCUUUUUGUGUUGCUGGGGUGUAUACAUUUAUGUCUUUGUGAAAUACACUGGUGGUGUCCUUCUUACAAAACUUUGAAAAUUAAAAAAAAAAAUCUUCACUGUCUGUGAAAUCCCCUUCAGGUGUUUUUCAGAUUGCAUUGAAUGUCCUCUUAAUUUUGUCUAACACAUUGAAUUACUUUUGCUAUUACAAAUGAGCUCCAAAGGUCACUGUUUAUUUUGUUUUAUUUUGUAUGUGGUGGGUUUGGUUCAGAUCUUUAAAAAAAAAAAAAAAAAAAAAAAGGCUGUUGCUGAAGAUUUGGGGCUAUUUUUUAAUCUUUUUCAAUCUGGCAUAUUACUGUACGGCCUUUUAUAAGGUACUUUCAUCAGUUGCUAUUCUGUUAAUAGGGAUGGAUCAUUGUCAGAACUUGAUUGGGAGGGGUUGUAUUAGGAAAAAAUUGUGUCUGCUUUAAUCAGUUUGAUUUGGAGAAGGACCAAAAUUAUAUGAAUGUCUUGCAAUGAAACUUACCUGUUACUGAUUUUUUUUUGUUCUAUUAUACCACUAUUUUGUUUGAGGAUUUUGCACAGUGUAAAAUGACAUAAUCAUAGAUUGCUAUGGUUUAGGCUGUAUAUACAGUAAAAGACUAUGGGUUGUCAAUGUUUGGGGAAAUUCCUAUGGAAAAAAAGAGAGAUGUAGAAGAACCUCUAACAAGGUUAAUAUGCAUGCCCCAGGUCUUUUGAGAUUUAAGUGUGUAAAUUUCCUUUUAGCUUAUACAGAAAUAAAAUAAUUUAAAAGA